GCUUGUGCAGAGAGUCGAGAGAGAGAGAGAGAGAGUGAGAGAGAGAGAGAGAGAGCAGAGAUAUUAGCGGUGACACAGAGCAGCAGAGAGCACAUCUAGUUGAGACGAGCGGAUGCGACAAGAUGCUGAGCGUCGCCUUGCUGUGCGUGUGCGCCGUCGCCCUCGGACGCGUCUCGGCGGGUUCCGACAGCGGCAAUUUUUUGGAUGAUAAGUGGCUCGUCGGAAGAUGGGAUAAAUUCAGAGAUGAGCCAGGAACAUGGAUGCCAUCCAAGCCCUUUGAUCAAGGCCUUGAUCCCACCAAAGACCCAUGUCUGAAGAUCAAAUGUGGCCGCCACAAGGUGUGUGUGGCUGAGGACUAUAAAACUGCCACUUGUGUCAGCCAGAGGAGGGUUAGCUUUAAAGACACCAGUUUGUACCAGCGUCCCGGCUCAAAGUGCAAACCCUGCCCUGUGGUCCACCCUUUCCCUGUUUGUGGAACCGAUGGCCACAGCUACUCCACCAAGUGCAAGUUAGAGUACCAGGCAUGCAUCACUGGCAAGAAGAUUGCUGUCAAGUGCGCUGGCAUGUGUCCUUGCCCCAAUCAGCCUGAAGAGAGCUCCACAGAGAGGAAAGUGUGCAGCGAGUUUGAACUCAAGGAGGUAGUGAGCCGACUGAGGGACUGGUUUAGAGUGCUACGUGACAACGGCAACCACAAGAGAGACAAGAUCCAGAAGAACAAAUUUGAGGUCCGGGCAUCACCUGUAUGCAAAGAUCCUUUCGGGUGGAUGUUCUCCCGCCUGGACACCAACUUUGACCUCCAGCUGGACCAAUCAGAGAUCAAGAGCCUCUACCUGGACAGGAACGAGCCUUGCUCCGACGCGUUCUUCAAGUCAUGCGAUACGCAUGCCAACAAAGUUAUUUCCAGCUCUGAGUGGUGCACCUGUUUCCAGAGGUACACAGACUCCCCUUGUAAAGCUGAGCUGUCAACCAUCGGCAAGAAGCAAGUGGGAAAGAAGCUGCUCGGCCAAUAUCUGCCCUCCUGCAGUGAGGACGGUUACUAUCGCUCGCACCAGUGCCACAGCAGCAGCGGCCAGUGCUGGUGCGUGGAUCGCUAUGGCAACGAGCUGGCGGGCUCGCGCACCCAUGGUCCAGCUGACUGCGGUGUGAUUUUAGAAUCUUCCGGAGAUCUCGGUAGCGGAGACUCGCUGAACACCGACGACGAUGACGAUUCCUUCGUCCUCACUGACCAGGCUGGGAUGGAUGAUGAGGAUGAGGAUGACGAGGAUGACGAGGACGACGGUGAAUAUCUGUCGUAAUUUUAUUUAAUUUUUUUUUUUUUUUUUUUUUUUUUUUUUAAGAAAAGAAAAAAGAGAAACUGUUUGUUUGGUCAAACUGCACCUUUCUAGGCGACUCCCCAGGCAGAUACUUCAUCGUACUAACAGCCUAAGGACUAAUCUCUGCAUUCUUUGUUUUUAUAUCUAUAUACUUUUAAUUUCAAUUUCUGACUACAAAAUACUGUUGAGUAAUGGCAUUUGUUCCCGCGAGUGCCAUUGCCAACAAUGUCAGCCAAUCCAGCACUUUGGAUGUGUUCACAUGUGCAAAGAGCUCCCCUUUCAUUGGACAUGCAUGUCCUCUAGUGUGUCCUGUCCUUGUACACCACUCUGUGUGUUGAUGCCUGAGGCGCGCUAUUUAAGAGAUUCCCCCCCCCCCCCCUCCUUCUUCAUCCCUCUCUCUCCUCCUUAUCUAAUGUUCCUGUGUAUAGGUGGGGAUGUUGAUGAUGUAGAUAAGAGAAUAUUGCACUCUUUAGGUCUCUUUUCAUCUCCAUUCGUAACUUUGACUGUGUGGAAAAACAAGAUAAGGGUCGGAUACGCUUCUUUGUUGGAAGAGUUGAGACAAAAACACGUCGUUAAGCGUUGGGAACCUAUAUUUAAAAUCAAAUUUAAAAAAAAAAAUCAAAUCAUCUCAAAAGGCUCAGCUAGUGCUUAGAGGGAGGGAAAAAAGCCAGAGGCGUCGAGAGUGAAAAUGAUGAUGUAUUUUUCUAAUCCAUUGUUGGAUGAUUACAGAGGAUUUGUUGUAGCAUGUCCAAACGCCGCGUGACGUUGCAGCAGCCAACUUCAAAAUAAGCGUGUACACACUGAAGCACGCCUAGCAACAAAUCACAUAAAAGAUGUUUACUGAGCUUAAAAUAAAUAAAAACAUGCUGUACAGUAGAUGUUAUGCCUUUUCAUUUUUGGGAGUUUCAUUCGAUUUGAAAAGAGAAGAAAUGUGUUGUACAGUAAAAGAACAACAGAGCCAUGCGAGGUGAGGGAAAGGUGAAGGUGUGCCUUUUUCAAGCGGGGACAGGUGACAGUCAAAGCACGUGACGUACGCUUACUGGACUGAACCUGACUUAGGCUGAUCUGAUCGGGGAAACUAUGUGAGAGGGACUUUGCUGUCUUGCUUUUCUCUUACUACAGCUGCCGUUCUCCUUUUAUUUUAUUUUUCGUAGGAUCGCAAAGACGAAGAGAAGCACACGAGCUAUUUAGGGACUAAAGAUGUUAGAUUCAACUGGAUUUCCAUGUUUUAUACUGUAUAUUAGUAGGCCUACACUAGGUAGGGAAGAAAAAAAAGGUUGGCUUCGACAGCUUGAUAUGGAAACAAGACUUAGUACAUGACAUUUUUGCGCUAGCCAGCUAUAAUAACCGGUAAAUGAGCCUAGAUGCAGAUCUGGCCGAUAUUUGAUCCACCCCGGGUGCUCGCAACCCAUGCUUGCCGACGCCACUCUUCUCAAUUGAUAUUUUUGUAGUCGGUCAUUUCUUCCAUGUCCUUUGUUGUUGUUUUUGACCAAGUUCAAAUGUUGUGAUCUUGACAUGGGCCAAAAUCGGUAUCCCUUUCUUUAAGUAAGUUUUUUUUUUUUUUUCGAACAAAGCCUGAUUAGUUUUUUGGUUUUUUGUUUUUUUACAGCACUUAUCAUAAACAAUUGUAGGGUUCCCACUGUGGGACACAUUGUGGUCAUCUACAACCGUGCAUUUCUAGUCAAACUGUUAGUUUUCUCGACUUUUCUAAAGUGUGCCAUCUAAAGUAACACGUGACCCUAAUAGUUCUAGGUUUGAAUCUCUUCACACGGAAUUCCACUUAACAUCAAGAAAUUCUAAUUAAUAAUUCUACUUGAAACUUGAUAGGGCUUAGCAUUAGACACUGCAGCUAUUUUCAACACUGUCAUCUUGGUUUUGUGUCUAAAGCUUCUGGCCAUACAGUUUUGUUUUGCUUGUUUUUGUUUUUUUACACUGUGUACCUACGAUUUGUUGAAAUAAAAAGCUGUAUUGACCAA